UGCAAUUUUGCCAACGUUUCGGUCUCUCUCCGCACUAGGGACACCGAGAAAUAUCUUGUGUUUGUGCAGUAGACUGAGCUUCAUCAUCAUGGUUGAGCAGUUUGUCGGAAACUGGACUCUGACUUCCAGUGAGAACUUUGAUGAAUACAUGAAGGCAAUCGGUGUGAACUUCGCCACUCGGCAAAUGGGCAACUUGGCCAAGCCGAAUUUGGUAAUCACCGUAGAUGAUGCUGGGGUUAUUUCAAUGAAGUCUGAGAGCACCUUCAAGACCACAGAAGUCAAGUUCAAGCUGAACGAAGAGUUCGACGAGACGACUGCAGACGGCCGAAAUACCAAGACUGUAAUCACUCUUGAGAAUGGCAAGCUUGUGCAGAAGCAAACGUGGGAUGGAAAGAAAACGACCCUAGAACGAGAGAUUCAGGAUGGAAAACUAACAGCUAAAUGCAUCAUGGACGACGUGGUUGCAUUGAGGACCUAUGAGAAAGGGGCUUAAUUCCUUUUUGUUUUAAGUUGUUCAGCCUGGACUUCUGUUCCAAGAAACCAAAUGCACUGAGCUAUUGCCAAACGUGCCAAUAAAGUCUGAACUGUGAUACUGAA